GUGGUUGGUUGGUUGGGCGGGACAUUUAUAAGAAAGAGUCAGAUAACAACCCUCCUCCCCGAAUAACAAAUUCCCGCAGAAAAGAAUCCCCACAAAAAAUUAAAUCAAUCCCCUGCUCCUAACUUCAAUUGGUUGGUUUUGUAACCAUCCAUAUUCACCAACCAACGAUCAUGAGACCCAAGAUUUACCUGUUCGGCGACUCCAUCACCGAAAUGUCCUUCGAAGAAGCCGGCUGGGGCGCCUCCCUCACCAACCACUUUGCCCGCACGGCGGAUGUGGUGCUGAGAGGCUACAGCGGGUACAACACACGGUGGGCGCUGAAGGUGGCGGAGAGGGUGUUUCCGGCGGCCGGAGAGGCGGUGGCGGUGACUGUGUUUUUCGGGGCCAACGACGCUUGCCUUCCCGAUAGAUGCUCUGCCUUCCAGCACGUGCCGCUUGAGGAGUACGGCCGCAACCUCCGCUCCAUUGUUUCCUUCCUUAAGGAGCGGUGGCCAAAAGCAGUGGUUCUACUCAUCACUCCUCCCCCAAUCGACGAAGAGGGACGCCUCCAGUACAUUUCGAACCCGUAUAUGGAGAACCCGUCGGGUUUACCCGAGAGGACAAACGAAGCGGCAGGGGAGUACGCCACGGCCUGCAUUGAUGUCGCCAGAGAAUGCGGUUCCCCUGUUAUUGAUCUCUGGGCCAAAAUGCAGCAGUUACCUAACUGGCCCACAACUUGCCUCAGUGAUGGGCUGCACCUGAGCGUGGCAGGGAACAAGGUGGUGUUCGAGGAAGUGGUGAAGAAGCUUGAGGAGGUAGGAGUGAGCCUUCAAACUCUGCCUUCGGAUCAGCCGCUUAUAUCUCACAUCGAUGCCAAGGAUCCACUCAAGUCAUUUCCGAAUUAAUUAGUGUGAUUAAUUACUGAUAAUAAUAAUAUUAUUAUUAUUACUACUGAUUAAUAAGUGCAUGAUUACAGUGACGAUCAAUGAUUUUCAAUUAAUUUGCACGACAUUUUUUCUAUGUCCCCUAACUUUCUUUGGUUAGAAAUCAACUAGAUGUGUUGUUCGUUACGUAACAAGAAUAUGAACGAAACUUAGAAUGAG